AUGAAAUUGAUUUAAUAUUUAGUAGAGAGAGAAAGUGAUAAUAUUAGAAAAAUGAGUCAUCUGGCUUUAAUCAAAAAAGUUUAGAAGAGAUAAUAAACAGAGACAAUUGAGUUAUAGUUUAAUAAACUUAAACUUUUAGAGCCCACUUUAAAAGUAGAAUUAUAAAACUUGGGAAAAUUUUGUAAGAAUUUAAAAAAUUUUGAAUUUAUAAUGGAGAUUACAUUUAUAUAAAUGAUUACUUUAUUCGUAUCCUACCUGUUGGAUAGCGAUGUAUUGUUAGUAGUCAUUAAGGUGUAACUGUGUUAAAAACUAUUAAUGGACUAAAAUAUAAAUUUUCAUCCUUACUUCCAGAGGUAUUUAAUAAAAUAAUAAAUUAAAAGGAAGUCAAAAAACUCUAAUUGGAUGAUAUAUAUAGAUUGUUUCGUAACUUGA